AUGCCACUAUUUUAUCGUGGUUGUUUCAAACGAGUUUCCCGAAGAUCCAUUGGAAACUAUGCUCCGAUUGCUGAAUAUCGAAGAACAGCUCUCACAAUGUGCACCCAACACUGUAUAAUGGCUGCUGGUAAUGGAGCCGAUGGAGGUUCCAUCUGCAAGGCAUUUACUUAUGAAGUCGAGAAACAACUCUGCAAACUUUAUGAUAACGAUGGGCAUAAGAUUCCAGCAGUGAUCCAUCCAAUCAUUGGUAUCGACAUAUUUUAUAGAACAUCUGAUAUGGGAGAGUGUGCGGGACCAAUGAGUGGUCAGCACAUGAACCCCAAUUUUGUCAAGCUAAACCACGGAAAGAAUGAUUUGAAACACAGUUUUGAUAAGAACAAGAUAUCUGAUCUUCCAAGCCCAAUAUCCGACCAAUUUAUGCAGAAAACAAAAGCGAUGGCUGCCCCGAUUGUCCGAAUGGAAAAUAUGGAUGAAGUUCUGAGAUCAAAAUUGAGAGGAGAUGAUGCGCUAGUGCCGAUGUCACAAAAGGAUACGGAAGAAAGGAAGGAGUUUGAACAGACCGACAGCCCAUUGAAAUGCAAAACAUCCAGUGGAUAUUACGUCGUCGUCGGAAACGAGAUUGUUUUGCCGAUAAGCGGCGGCGAUGUGCGAGUGUAUAAUGAAGUGGAGCAGGGAGAUUGUGCCAAGUAUUGCAGUGAGAACAAAGGUCCCGACGGAUCUGCCAUCAGUUGCCGCUCGUUGAACUAUUUCCCGGUGGAGAAAAAGUGCGAGUUGUAUGGAAUUCUGGCCGAGCCACAUGGCUCUGGAAAAUUGCUGGAGAAUGAGAAAGUGAUUUAUGCGGAGAAGUUCUGUUUGCCAGAAUCUCCUUUCGACUGCCAAGAAGACGAGAUUUUCAUUCUCCACGUGCAAAAAACACUCUCGAAGCGUCGACGUGUUGCAACAAAAUCUGCAACAUCAAUUACCGACUGCCUACGCGUUUGCCUUGAGCACGAAGAAUGCAGGAGCUCUGUUUACACGUCGUCUUCAAAGAAAUGCGACCUUCAUAAUGUUGACGUCUCUUCUGGAGACUAUGCACGAGAUUCUGAUCGGGAAACUGUGCUCAUUGAGAAUGGAUGCAGAAGGAAAGGUAUGAAUCCAAAACGAAGGAACAGCCCGUCGCUUUCGACAAUUCUUGAUACUUCCUCGUCUGCCGAGCGGUCGUCAUCAUCCGCUGGAGGUUGGUCUGGAUGCGAUUAUAAAGUAAACGGAGAAACGGUUCGAGUACGAACCAAUGACGACGGCGAUAUGGAGACCGAAGUUUGCUGA